AUGGCUGCACAAAUACCAGAAUCUGAUCAGACAAAACAGUUCAAGGAAUUUCUUUUUAACUACAAUAAGCUUACAGAAAUCUCCCUUUUGGACUGUGUUAAAGACUUCACAACAACAGAAGUAAAACCUGAAGAGACCACCUGUUCAGAACUUGAAUAUCAUAGUCAGCAGAAUGAAGCUCUAGCGGCCAAAGGAGGACUCCUUGGCCAGCCACAGUAG